CAAACCUCCCUUAAAGUGUUCACAACACUUAACCACUCAAGAACAAAAACUCUCUUAAAGAGUAGAAUAUGAGUAAACUAAUUUAGAUCAAGAACACACUCAAUUCCUCAAGAAAUGGCUCUAAAAAGCUAUGUAAAAAGUUUAUGGAAUGAUGCAAUGUAAAGCUAUGAAAUGUGUGAGGAAUGGAUGUGAAAAGUAGACCCAAGAGACCCCUUUUUAUACCCAAAAACAAGGUGAUUCAGUUGUGGGUAAAGGGACUAUGUCCGGGGGUUCCUGUGGUAACUCAGAGUCGGAAAGGGAUGAAGGAUUUGCAUUCCUUGCUAUGUCUGCCCACCCCUCUGCACUCAUUACAGUACUCAGGGAGAUCUUCAAACAUAGCAGUAUGAAGGAAGUAAUGCAACUUCAUGGGGGGAUUGAAGCUAGGGAUGAUUUUCCGAAAAUUUUUAGGAAGAAAGAACCCUCUGCAUCUUUUGUGUUUGAGGAACUACAGGGCCAGGGAGUGAAGGAAGAACAAUUACUGAGCUCUAUCUCCUCAGAACUCUUUGCCCAAGACAUUGCAUUAGCUACACUGAAAGUCAAUUUAACAGAGGAAUCUUCUUCUGAAAAUACUGGGGAGGAAGAAAUAUUAGCACAAAGGCUAUUUCAACCAGCAUUUGAUGAAUACUUUGAAUCCGUCUUCAAGGCAAAAAGGGUUAAAUGGAGUCCGGCAAUAGAUGAGGAGAAGAUGAAGGAGGCAUUUUUUAGCAGAGCUGCAGGUUUGUACAGUGGAUACAUGUACAAUCAGAGGACGGACGGUCGGCUGAAAAAGAAGACGGUGGAAGUAUCUACUUUAGAGAGCCUGAAGGAGGGUUGGAGCGGUCCGGAGUUUCAGGAGACGAGCAAGAGAAAGAAGAGGAAUAGGCGCAAGGGUAAACAGGAUGGUCCUGCACUUGGGACGUACACUGGUGGGACGAUUCCAUUUUCUGAGAAUUAUAAUCGGCUGAAGUGGAAUCCUUCCGCCUUGAAUCUCCUUCCCAGACAGAAAGAACAGGUUAAAGCUCAGGAGAACGAGAAAAUCGACGAUAUGUUUGAACGAUUUUCAAAAAUCAUAAACGAUCUUCAUGCCCUCAAGAAGACAUACACAGACAAAGAACUCGUAAGAAAAAUCCUAAGAAGCCUCACAUCGGAGUGGCGUUCCAAAGCCGAUGCCAUUCAAGAAUCUAUCGACAUCACCAACGUCACCAUCGACGGGCUUAGAGGAGGUCAAAGAAAGCGAUCCCGCACCGGGAAGAACGUUGCUUCCUCCUUGGCUCCUCCACCGCCACCGACACACAAGUACCUCGACGUGUCGUUCCUUUGGUUUAAUGACCGCGUAGAGGCGGCGCGGUUCUCGGAGAAGUUUGAGCACCGGGAAAUUCUCCCACCCCGGUUCUCCACGGCCCGCUUCAUUCACGGGUCCAUUCAUCGCGAGGCACGGGUUAUCCUCGAACGUGGAAACUUCCUCGACCUCCUCUACAUCAAGAAGGCCCACUAUCAACCUUUUCUUGUUCGAGCUUUCUACUCGAAUUUGAAAAAGGAUGAGGACGGAGCGUUGAUUUCAAACGUCAACGGGGUGGAUAUCUAUUUGAAUGAGGAGAAAAAUUCAAAUUCUCACCGGGCUUCGUCGGAAUGGAGAGGAUCUCAGCCAAUACGUCGGAGAAGGAGGGGCACGAAGUUCAAUCACACCGCUCUCUCCCAAGAGGACACAAAGACGCUCCAUACGAUAAUUCACAACGCCAACAUUUAUUGGUGUAAAUUUGAGAUGACUCACAUGUUUAGCGCCACCUCCGGCAACCAGCCGCUCCCCUACGCUCUUCUCGUCAUGGCGAUCCUUGAUGAGUUUCACGUCAAGAUGGACGUUGGGCCGAAGCAAAAAGGGACAAAGCAUUGGGAGAUUGAUGAAUCCUCCUUCCACCCGGGAACCGAUGAAUCUCCGUUCCCUUGGGCAGACCGGGUCGUUGGGCUGACUGUCCGGGCUGCUAGGCUGGCAGCGUGGCCGGUUGAGUGGGGCUGCCUGAACGGGCAGCAGGUUGGGGCUGCCGGGUUGGUCCGGCGGGUUGUCGACUGCUCCAGCAGGGGUAGCGGGCCCGAGGAUCGAUUCCUUGGUCUCGACUCCGCGCAGGCUUACUCAGCUUCAACGCUAAGCGUGUAGUAUGUUUUAUUUGCUACACGGAGGUAAACAAAAAGAAUGAUGUGAUGGAAUCCUGGCGGCAGACGGAGCGAGAUGGUCAAAGUGGAUGUGUAAAAUGAAUUAAAGUUUAAAAAGACAUAAUAUUAUUAUGUUUUGUAAUUGUUAUUUAUUCAGCUUCCGCAACAUUAACUACUCUGUUAUUAUUCUGAAUACUUUAUUAUGAAAUAAAGUUUUAAAAUGCUU